AUGCAGUACGUGCGCAGUAUCAGUGGCUCCGUCUCCAAGACCUGGAAUUCUAUCAAUCCAGCCACCUUGAGCGGGGCCAUUGAUGUUAUCGUGAUUGAACAAGAAGAUGGCACGCUCGCUUGUUCUCCUUUUCACGUUCGCUUUGGCAAGUUCUCGUUGCUCCGUCCUUAUGAAAAGAAGGUGGAGUUCAAAGUCAAUGGGAUCAAGCAAAAUUACUCCAUGAAGCUAGGGGAGGGCGGAGAGGCCUUUUUUGUGUUUGAGACGUCAGAUGAAAUCCCCGCUUCCUUACAGACAUCUCCAUUAGUGUCGCCCACGGGUAGCCUGAGGACGCGUAGCGAAGAAAAUCUCCCAGGCUCUCUUCAAGAACCCGAUUAUCUGGAUCUAGAUCGAUCGCCUGCCAAUGGAAACGCCAAUGAGCCGAAAAGUCUUCCUAUACUUUCAAGGAGCAUGCGGGCAUCCAGUGAUUUAGGUGCGAUAAAUGUGGCAGACCACGCUUAUGGCUCGCACGCAGCAGGGCCAGCCGGUGAUUCUGAUCUGACCCGUUCUCGAAGCCCCCCCCCCUUGUCUCUGGAAGAGGCUGUUACGCGUGCAACAGCGCUGUCAAAGAAGCUCUCUGGAUCAAAUAUUCGUUCGCAUGUGACCGAGACGGGCGAUCUUAUGCUUGACAUGACUGGCUACAAAAGUAACGAGGAGGACGCCCUUCGUGCUGAAGUCGUUGCGCGUAAAAUUCUCUCUGAGGAGUUGGAAGGGUGUUACGACAUUGGUGCCCUUAUAGGGGCCGAUGAGCACGGGAACCUUUGGAUCUAUAGCAGUGAGGAAGCAAAGGAAGCCGCGAACCGUCGGGCCGCCUUUAGCUCAAUGAGGCCUGGCUCUGCGAUGAGUGACAAUGCUAUCUCCGACCCCGGGUAUCAUAGUGACGGUGACAAGUCCUCACCGACACCUGGAGAGACAACUCGCAACUACGCGAAGACUUUGCGUCUGACGAGCGAUCAGCUUAAGGCUUUGAACUUGAAGCCAGGCGCCAAUGAUAUGUCAUUCAGCGUCAAUAGAGCCACUUGUACGGCAACCAUGUAUCUGUGGAACGGCAACACACCGAUUGUCAUAUCAGAUAUUGACGGUACAAUUACGAAAUCCGACGCUUUGGGUCAUGUGUUGAAUAUGAUUGGCCGCGACUGGACACACGCUGGUGUAGCCAAGCUAUACACAGAUAUCGUCAACAACGGCUACAAUAUCAUGUACCUUACUAGCAGAUCUGUUGGACAGGCAGAUACCACUCGCGCAUACAUCUACGGUGUUAACCAGGACGGAUACAGACUGCCCAAAGGUCCCGUUAUCACAAGCCCCGACCGGAUGAUUGCAGCCCUCAGGCGAGAGAUUUACCUGAGGAAACCAGAAGUGUUCAAGAUGGCAUGUCUUCGGGACAUUCUGAACCUCUUUAAUGGAAAAGAGAACCCCUUCUAUGCUGGAUUCGGCAAUCGAUUGACCGACGCUUUGAGUUACCGAUCUGUCAACAUACCGUCUACCAGGAUCUUCACGAUCAACUCGAACGCCGAGGUCUCUCUAGAUCUUCUCAGUCUGAACAAGUAUAAGAGCAGCUACGUUACUAUGCAGGAGCUCUUGGACCAUUUCUUCCCGCCCGUCAGUCUACUUGUUCAGGCUGGGGGUGAAGAGUACACGGAUUUUACUUACUGGCGUGAACCUCCACCAGGGCUAGCCGAUUUCUCAAGCUCAGAUAGUGAGGAUGACGAAGACGAAGAGGACGAAGACGAGGAAGAUGAAGAAGAGGAUGAUUAUGAUGCGGAGCUGAGUGACGAGGAAGGCAGUGAGGUUGAUGAGGAUGCCGAGGAAGACCUUGGCAACAGCUACAUCUCGCAGGCCUCACUGGAACUCGCCGAUAGUCAGAGUCACCUAGACGAUGAUGAGGCAGACGACGAAGGCGCAGACGAGGUGCCAAACGUGUCUCCAAAACCAAGUCGCUUCGCGACUGCUGGUGCUAGCCCCUCUCCUAAACGCUGA